AUGGUCAAGUUUAUAUGUUGGUGGACGGUUUUAAUACUGGUCGCCGUUUCGGAGGCGCAGGAUUCCGAAGAAACCACUGCAGUGGUCAGUUCUAAAGGAGAUUUGACGGAGGAUAAAUGUAACAAGAAUCGCGAUGGCUGCUGCUCUGAGCUUUAUAUAGGAGAAGAGGAGGACCUUGUCAAAUGUUUCGUUAUACACUCGCCCAAAUUACCAGCGGAUAGGAACAGCGAUGUGGGCAAGACCUUCAUGUUUCUAUCGUGCUUUGUGGAGUGCCUGUACAAGCAAAAGAAGUACAUUGGUAAAAGCGACACUAUCAACAUGAAGAUGGUCAGACUGGACGCAGAGAAGAUGUAUGUGGAUCGUCCAAAGGAGAAGGAGUAUCAAAUCGAAAUGUACGAUUUCUGUCGAAAAGAUGCUGUGAACAUGUACAAUCUUCUGAAGGUCAGUCCCGGGGCUAAGGUGCUUCUAAGAGGUGCCUGCCGUCCCUACCUAUUGAUGGUAUUUAUGUGCAUGAGUGACUACCAUCAAAAGCACGAGUGUCCCUACUUCCGCUGGGAGGGUUCCGCCAGUGCGGGAACAAAGGAUCAGUGCGUGGAUGCCAAAGCCAAGUGCUAUUUAAUAGAUGGAAUAACGCUGCCCAAGAAUAAUCAUCCUUAA